GUCAGGCGGCCUGCGCAGACAGACGGCAAGAGACAGACUCCAGUCGGAAACCGUGGCUUCGCCUAUAAGUUGUGUAUUUUCAGAGUCUUUACCUUUGCUUAGUGAAUACUAACCGUUCUUCAAAAUACAGGUUAGGAAGGAGCAGAGCAGGUAGAGAGCAGUGGGGGUGUGGGGCCGCGGGAAGUGGAGUGACAGCUCCAACACCUCCACACCUGGGCUUGGAGAAAACAGUGAACUGCCUCCUCAUUCCCAGUGGAAGCAGCCCCCAUCUCUUGAGUUUCUGGGUCUGCUGGCAGGAGGAGGUUGGACACCUGCAUCUGGUCUCCUCUUUACUCCUACCUAUGCCUGCCUAGGUCCCCUCCACUUACACAGAAUCCGGGGAGGGGGCAGGGCUGUAACUGGAUAGUAGGAUAAGCUCUGGAUUCAGAGCCCCUCUGGCAGACCCGGAGGGAGACCCUGCUUGGCCGAGCCUGCCCACCUUCUGCCUCUGGUGCCCCAGCGUGAGCCACCAGCUGCUUUGAUGCCAGCUUGCUCUGACUUUUCAAUGCUCCUUGGGGUGGGGGCUGGGCACAGAGGCAAUUUCUGGAGGGAGGAUGGGUAGGGGUGAUUCCGUCCAUGCAGUAGAAGGGCAAAGAGGCCCACAGGCGGUCGUACGGCCAGGCUGGAUCCCGGCUCCACUGAAGCCCUCCGACUCCACAUACAUUACUUGGUGUACCGUCUGCACUGGCCCGGGACAGGGAGGUAUGCAGAUGUGAUUCAGACAUGGGAACCCCUGUGGGGGAGGAGCCUUGAAGGUUUGGCACAAGAAAGAAAGAGGAGCUGACCUGCAGGAGGUUGAGUGGCUGAGUCGGGCAGGUAUUGCUGGUGAGAGCGAGGUUUGCUGAGGGCCGGGAGCAGGUGUGGCUGGAACUCUGGGGUGUAGACAGGUCACCCAGUUUGCAUAGAGAGGGGGACUGCAGUGGACAAGGCUAGAGCCCAGGGAGGAGGCUAGAGUGUGUGAUGCGUGGAUGGAGUUGGCUGGGGCUGGGGUGGAUUACAGCUGCAGUGAAUCACCCUCCUCCCAAGUCCAAGCUGAGAUGCUACUUGACCCAGGUUCCAAGGUGGGGCGAGUGGACACAGGAAGGGGGGACCUCUGGCAGGCUCAGCGUGUAUGAUCCGCUGACCAGCAGAGUGGCCUCGUCUUCUCUGAUGCCCCACCUGGAUGGAGGCCUCAGAAAGUUGGUGCCUGGACAUUGGGGUAGGGGGUGGGCAGAGACCUCAGAGGGCUCAGAGUUCUCCCCACCUGCCUCACUGGUCUCUCCCACAGGCCAGCACUACAGCGAUGACUUUGCCCAGGUGAACCCCCUGAGGAAGGUGCCCGCCUUGAAGGACGGGGACUUCACCUUGGCCGAGAGUGUGGCUAUCCUGCUGUAUCUGACCCGCAAGUAUGAGACCCCCGACCACUGGUACCCCCAGGACCUGCAGGCCCGAGCCCGUGUGGAUGAGUACUUGGCGUGGCAGCACACGGCCCUGCGAACAAGCUGCACCCGGACCAUGUGGCAGAAGAUGUUGUUGCCUGUGUUCCUGGGCCAACGGGUGCCCCCUGAGACACUGGCAUCUACUCUGGCUGAGCUGGACAGGUGCCUGCAGCUGCUUGAGGACAAGUUCCUGAAGGACCAGGACUUCCUGUCUGGGCCUCACAUCUCAGUGGCAGACUUGGUGGCCAUCACAGAGCUGAUGCAUCCUGUCAGUGCCGGCUGUGACAUCUUCAAAAACCGGCCUAAGCUGGCUGCGUGGCGCAAGCGGGUGGAAGCUGCGGUGGGGGAGGACCUCUUCCAGGAGGCCCACGCGGUCAUCAUGAAGGCUAAGGACCUGCCUCCAGCCGACACUGCCAUGAAGGAGAGGCUGAAGCCCCUGGCGCAGCUUUUGUUGCAGUGAGUACCGGGUGGGCCUGCAGAGCCACCAUCGACGGAGCUCUGUCCUCAGAAUAAAGAAAUGGCACUGCCUCCCCUCGGCUGUGAGCGAGACACCUUCGCAGCAUCCGGUCCACAGUGCCUUCCACACGCCAGUCCUUUGUUCCUUCUUCUGUCUGCCUGCCAACUUCACCCUUACCCCUUACACUCUGACUUCCAUGUAACCUCUGGAAAUAGCUUUAGUAAACACAGAUGUGACCCUGA